UUGGCGUUAUACGUACAACCUGAGUGUACGAUGGAUUACGAACGUUACUUAAAUGAAACUGGUAUUGGUAGGAAACCAUCACCAAUCCGAUCACAACAUGCAAAACUAGUAUCUAUGGGACCUGAGGAUGAUGUCAUAUAUUUAUCUGGAGGAAUGCCGAACCACAGUACCUUUCCUGCUGUCAAAGCCACAUUCCAGUUAAGAGAUGGCUCAUCUAUUGAACUUGACCACAAUGCCACGAAGGACGCUUUACAGUAUGAUGCAAGUCCUGGGUUCAAAGAGUUACUUAAUUGGAUAUACGAGCUGCAAAGACAAGUACACAAUCCUCCAACCUACAAUAAUGAUAAACAUCCUGGAGAAAUGAAGUGCAUUAUGACAAAUGGAGCACAGCAUGGAUUAUCAUUGGUUAUGGGAAAUCUUGUAUGCAAAGAUGACAUCUGCUUGAUGGAAUCGCCAGCUUAUGCAGGAGCAAUUUCAGUACUGAAUCCUCUGGAGCCUAAGAUGAUACCCAUAGAUACAGACAAACAUGGUAUUAUACCUUCAGAGCUGAGAAAAGUGUUAUCCAGAUGGAAUCCUUUAAAAAUACAACAGCCUGGUAAAGAUGGACCGAAACUUUUAUACUGUGUACCUACAUGUGGAAACCCAACAGGUGCAAGUUUAACGCUUGAGAGAAAGAAAGAGAUUUAUGAACUUGCUAGGGAAUACAAGUUCUUGAUUAUAGAAGACGACCCCUACUUUUAUCUAAGAUCCAAACCUUAUGUGCCUAGUUUUUUGUCAAUGGAUACUGAUGGGCUUGUAUUGAGGAUGGACUCUGUAUCAAAAGUAGUAUCAGCAGGGAUUCGUAUUGGUGUGUUGACAGGACCUGCUCCAUUGAUUGACACAUUUACAUGUAAUUUAGAAACGUCUGUUCAGCAUACAAGUGGAUUAUCACAGCAAUUUCUGUUAGCAUUGUUGAAGAAAUGGGGAUAUGAGGGUUUCUUUGCAAAUGCAGACAAAAUGUCAGCAUUUUAUGAAAAAAUGAAAUAUGAAUGUUUAGAAGCUGCCAGAAAUCACUUACAAGAUGUUGCAGAAUGGGACGAACCAGAGGGUGGAAUGUUUCUGUGGAUAAAACUGAAAGUAAUGGAUGCAAAUCCAGUGGUUGAAAAGUUAAUGGAGGAGAAAAAUGUUUUUGUUGCACCAGGAUGGUAUUUUACUCUUGAUUCAAAGCCAUGCCCAUAUAUAAGAGUUGCCUUUUCAAAUACAACAUACGAGAACAUGAACAAGGCAUUUGAAAGUUUAGCCCAGGUGAUAAAAAAGUAUAAAUCAGAAAAUGAAUGACAUAUAAAACGAAUAUGAUGAAAUCAGAGUAAUAUCACAUUUAAAUUAUAUCAUAU